AGUGUGCGCACGCCGCGGAGUCGCUGCCCUCUCCUCGCACCUGCUCAGGGCGUCUUGGGAGCCUGGACGCGUGAACAGGCUUGAAGUAUGGCAUGGUGCAGAGAUGAUUUCUGCCAAGAAGGUGCCCGCGAUCGCGCUGUCCGCCGGGGUCAGUUUCGCCCUCCUGCCCUUCCUGUGCCUGGCGGUUUGUUUAAACGAAUCCCCAGGACAGAGCCAAAAAGAGGAGAGAUUGUGCACAGAAAAUUUCACCCGCAUCCUGGACAGUUUGCUCGAAGGCUAUGACAACAGGCUGCGCCCUGGAUUUGGGGGUCCUGUUACAGAAGUGAAAACUGACAUAUAUGUCACCAGCUUUGGACCUGUUUCUGAUGUUGAAAUGGAAUACACAAUGGAUGUGUUCUUCAGACAGACAUGGAUCGACAAAAGACUAAAAUAUGAUGGCCCCAUUGAAAUUUUAAGAUUGAACAAUAUGAUGGUAACAAAAGUAUGGACCCCUGAUACUUUCUUCAGGAAUGGAAAGAAAUCUGUCUCACAUAAUAUGACAGCUCCAAAUAAGCUUUUUAGAAUUAUGAGAAAUGGUACUAUUUUAUACACCAUGAGACUCACCAUCAGUGCGGAGUGUCCUAUGAGAUUGGUGGAUUUUCCCAUGGAUGGUCAUGCAUGUCCUUUGAAAUUUGGGAGUUAUGCCUAUCCAAAGAGCGAGAUGAUCUACACUUGGACAAAAGGCCCCGAGAAGUCAGUUGAAGUGCCAAAGGAAUCUUCCAGCUUAGUGCAGUAUGACUUGAUUGGGCAAACUGUAUCCAGUGAAACUAUCAAAUCAAUUACGGGUGAAUAUGUUGUUAUGACGGUUUACUUCCACCUCAGACGGAAGAUGGGUUAUUUUAUGAUUCAGACCUAUAUUCCAUGCAUUAUGACAGUUAUUCUUUCUCAAGUUUCAUUCUGGAUAAAUAAAGAAUCAGUUCCAGCUAGGACUGUAUUUGGAAUAACCACAGUUCUCACCAUGACCACGCUGAGCAUCAGUGCACGGCACUCUUUGCCCAAAGUGUCCUAUGCUACUGCCAUGGAUUGGUUCAUAGCUGUCUGCUUUGCUUUUGUAUUUUCGGCCCUUAUCGAGUUCGCUGCUGUCAACUAUUUCACCAAUGUCAAAGUGGAAAAAGCCAAAAAGAAGAAGUCAAAACUCCCUCAGGAAGCUCUGGCUGCUCCUGUGCCAAGAGAGAAGCAUCCUGAAGCCCCUCUGCAGAAUACAAUUGCCAACUUGAACAUGAGAAAAAGAACAAAUGCUCUGGUUCACUCUGAAUCUGAUGUUGGCGGCAGAACUGAGGUGGGAAACCAUUCAAGCAAGUCUUCCACGGUUGCUCAAGAAUCUUCUGGAGCCACGUCUCGGUCUUACUUAGCUUCCAGCCCGAACCCAUUCAGCCGUGCAAAUGCAGCUGAAACUAUCUCUGCUGCAAGAGCACUUUCUUCGCCUUCUCCUUCUCCUUCUGGUCGAACUGGGUAUUUCAUAGAAUCAACACAUCUUUAGACUGUAAGAUGGUAUGGAAAUCUUAAGACUGUAAGAUGCUGUGGAAAUCACACAAUCCAAAUCCCUCAUUUACAAAUUGAUUCCAGUAAAAUGAGGCCCAGUAAAAUCUGUAUAUAUGUAUAUAUUUAAUAAAGAGGACUUGUACAAAAAAGCUUAUCAUAAAUUAGUUCAUGAAUGUGAAUAGAUUUCUGGCCUCAAGGACAAUACCUGGAAUUGUGGUUACAAGCUAUGAUAGUUCAGUAGUCUGAUGGAAUGAGGUAUAUUUUUUCGAUGAGGAGCUCUCACUCUUUGCUUAUCUAUUGACCUAUUUUUAAUAAAUAUUUUAUUGACUUCUUUUUUAAAAAAAAUCUCCUAUAACUUUUAUGGGUUUUAAAGGGAUAAAAAUAAUUGAUUUUAGACUUGUAGACCAGAGAUCCAAGUAAACUCGUAGUU